CUUUGCAAUCACCUUUGAAGCUCCUGUACAAAACACUACUUCCUAUAGAGCCUGACCGGCGCGGGAACCUUGUGUCUGCGCAUUCGACACCAAAAUCCCCCCUAUACCUUUCAGCGCGCUGAUCAUUCGACCUUCGGUCCUGUUCAAGCUUGUAGAGCGCCUUGGGAGAGGUUGUCGACCUCGCACAUCCCAUCUCUCACAUCCUUGUUAUGGCUCCAAGAAUCAACCUACCUCCGUUGACGCGCAGUCUCCUCGCCGCCCUCAUAAUCCUGACACUCCUGAACGCGGCGGUCAGGCCGUAUCCUGACUGGGUUUCUGGAGUAGAGAAGCCGAUUAUCGCUACAGGAGAUGGCGCGCCGUAUCUAGCGAUCGUUCCAGGAGCUUCAAUCGUUUAUCCAUAUGUGUUCCUUAUUGCGACACUUGUGGAGCAGAAUAUUUUUGGUCUGUUGAUCACAGGUGUUACCCUAUUCUACGGAGGAAGAUACCUAGAGCGCGCCUGGAGCUCUCAAGAGUUUGCCAAGUUUAUGCUUUUCGUUUCUAUGCUCCCGAACAUAGUAACUUUCCUUUUUUAUGUUCUCGCGUUCGCAAUUUCGAAGAAUGAGGCUGCUCUAAACACGACUAUUUCAGGUGGUAUAGCUAUUCAGGCGGGUUACCUUGUUGCCUUCAAACAACUAGUACCUGAACAUACUGUCGCCAUCGCCAGAGGCCUGAUCCGUAUGAGGGUCAAACACUUCCCGGCCAUACAUCUCGCCGCGAACACGAUAUCUGGGUUGAUAUUUGGAACAGAAACAGCCAUGUUUUUGACUUGGGCCGGGUUUUUCACGUCUUGGAUCUAUCUUCGGUUCUAUCGUCUCAGUCCUUCCUUAUCCUCAACAAGUACAGGCGAGUCGGCAGACGUUCGCGGUGAUGCCUCCGACACUUUUGGUUUCGCAUUCUUCUUUCCUGAACCUCUUCACACUCCCAUAGCAGCCACUUGUGAUAGAGUGUACGAAGCUUUAGUAGCAGUUAAGAUAUGCAUUCCAUUUUCCGCUGAAGACAUCGACAUAGGAAACGAGCAAGCAUCUGCGCGAGCCGAAGGGGGUCUUCCAAGCAUUAUGAACGGGUCGGGUAGAGGCGGACGAAGCGGGGGAAGACGUGAAGAAGCUGAACGGAGACGAGCCCUUGCAUUGAAGGCUCUUGAUCAAAGGCUACAUGCGGCGUCGACAAGUAAGCCCCAAGCACCCGCCGCUCCAACUGGGAGCGUUUCGAUGCUGGGAGAAACAAAUUAUGAACCCGAGCGAGGCGACGACAUUCAAGCUAAGGUUUCCACCACAUAAACAGACUCUAGUAGAGUGUAUCAUAUGAUACAGCAAAUUUAUUCGCUUAGUGUAGUCUGUAUAUUGACGACGCUCCAUUAUAUAUACUUGUCUCGCUUGUUCUCGUUCGCGAUUUGGCAUGUAACGUACCUUUGAAAAGCCGGGCAUUGAGUAUAGAUGCUGCUUUAUGCAGAGCUUAUCAUAACCGUCCAAGUCCCUGCAGCU